CGAGCUAAAUCUUAGUUGUGGAACUUCAUCUUCCUCCUUAGGUCUUGGUCGUUUCAGAACUGCAACCCUAGCCUCUCUGAUUUGGGCGGGGCAUUUUUUCACCUAGCUGGGAAAAUUAGGGUUUCGAAUUCGAUGGGCACCGAGAGAAAGAGGAAGGUGAGCUUGUUCGAUGUGGUUGACGACGCUGCCGCUAAGUUAGUCAAAUCCAAUGGCGGCGCCGCCAACAACAGUCUCAUCAAUCACUGGAAUGCAAGACCUUACUCCCAGAGGUACUUUGAUAUUCUCGAGAAGAGGAAGACCCUCCCCGUUUGGCACCAGAAAGAAGACUUUUUGCUCACUUUGAGGAACAACCAAACUUUGAUCCUUGUUGGUGAGACUGGUAGUGGCAAAACCACCCAGAUCCCUCAGUUCGUUUUGGAUGAUGUUGUUUUGGAAAGUCCUGAUAAACGUAAGAAGAUGAUGGUUGCGUGCACUCAGCCUCGGAGAGUGGCUGCAAUGUCUGUUUCGCGGCGUGUGGCUGAAGAGAUGGAUGUAACUAUUGGGGAAGAGGUUGGUUACAGUAUAAGAUUUGAAGACUGUAGUAGUGCGAAGACAGUUUUGAAGUAUCUCACUGAUGGUAUGCUCUUGAGAGAAGCAAUGACAGAUCCACUUUUGGAACGAUACAAAGUUAUUAUUCUUGAUGAGGCUCAUGAAAGGACUUUGGCUACAGAUGUGCUAUUUGGUCUUCUCAAAGAAGUGCUUAAAAAUAGACCUGACUUGAAGUUGGUUGUCAUGAGUGCAACACUUGAAGCUGAAAAGUUUCAGGGCUAUUUUUUUGGUGCCCCUCUAAUGAAAGUUCCUGGAAGGCUACACCCUGUUGAAAUUUUCUAUACACAAGAACCCGAGAGGGAUUACUUGGAGGCUGCUAUUAGGACAGUGGUACAAAUACACACAUGUGAACCUCCUGGGGAUAUACUCGUAUUUCUUACUGGAGAAGAAGAGAUAGAAGAUGCAUGCCGCAAAAUAUCAAAAGAAGUUUCUAAUCUGGGAGACCAGGUGGGCGCUGUGAAAGCGGUACCCCUGUAUUCCACUCUUCCUCCAGCUAUGCAGCAGAAGAUUUUUGAGCCAGCUCCACCUCCACUGAAGGAGGGUGGCCCCCCUGGAAGGAAGAUUGUGGUAUCAACAAACAUAGCAGAAACUUCCUUAACAAUUGAUGGUAUUGUCUAUGUUAUUGACCCUGGUUUUGCUAAGCAGAAGGUUUAUAACCCACGAGUGCGUGUGGAGUCUCUAUUAGUGUCACCAAUAUCGAAAGCCAGUGCACACCAGAGAUCAGGGCGUGCUGGAAGAACACAACCAGGGAAAUGUUUUAGACUUUAUACUGAGAGAAGUUUCAAUAAUGAUCUUCAGCCACAGACCUAUCCUGAGAUUUUGAGAUCCAAUCUUGCCAACACAGUUCUUACUUUGAAGAAACUGGGUAUAGAUGAUUUGGUGCAUUUUGAUUUCAUGGACCCUCCUGCCCCUGAGACCUUAAUGCGUGCAUUGGAAGUCUUGAAUUAUUUGGGCGCACUUGAUGACGAAGGGAACUUAACAAAACUGGGUGAAAUUAUGAGUGAAUUUCCCUUGGAUCCACUGAUGUCAAAGAUGCUCGUAGUUAGUCCUGAAUUCAACUGUUCAAACGAGAUGCUUUCAAUUGCUGCCAUGCUUUCAGUACCCAAUUGCUUUGUCCGGCCUAGGGAGGCACAAAAAGCUGCAGACGAGGCUAAAGCUACGUUUGGGCACAUUGAUGGAGAUCAUCUCACGCUCUUGAAUGUCUACCAUGCGUACAAACAAAAUAAUGAGGAUCCCUCUUGGUGCUACGAUAACUUCGUUAAUCACAGGGCAUUGAAAUCUGCUGAUAAUGUUAGGCAACAACUAUUGCGCAUCAUGGGCCGAUUUAACCUGAAGUUAUGCAGCACUGACUUUAAUAGUCGUGAUUACUAUGUCAACAUAAGAAAGGCUAUGCUUUCUGGAUAUUUCAUGCAGGUAGCUCAUCUGGAGCGUACAGGACACUACUUGACAGUGAAAGACAACCAGGUGGUGCAUUUGCAUCCUUCAACUUGCCUGGACCACAAGCCUGAAUGGGUUAUAUAUAAUGAAUAUGUUCUUACCAGUCGAAAUUUCAUUCGUACUGUGACAGACAUACGUGGGGAAUGGUUGGUUGACAUAGCACCACAUUACUAUGAUUUGACAAAUUUUCCACAAUGUGAGGCAAAGCGUGUUCUUGAGAAACUUUACAAGAAGCGAGAGAAGGAAAAGGAGGAAACCAGGAGCCGCAAAUGAAAGUCCUAGCCACUGUUUUUGCCAUUGGAUUUGGAUUGGAUGUUUUGGUCUCCUGCUUCUGGGAUCAUGAUUCCAUUGCUGGAAGGUUGCAUAAUGCUACUACCCUUUAUCAACUCUUUAGGAAUUGCUGAUUGUCACGGGUUUAGUGUGUAUUUGGCUUACGGUUGAAGUACUUUAAAUUUGCUUUUGAAAGUAGGAUCUCACUUCUCAAACAAAAAACGGGACUCACAUUCUGUUGAACCGAAAAGCAAAUAGACCCUUAUGGCGAAGUUCCUUGUAACAUUUCUAGAUUAUUAGCAAACAUAUUAAUAUAUUUUUUUCAUCAUCCUCUGUUUUGUAAUACCAUAUUUGUUUCUAGAUGUUAGUUCUGUUAUAUUUAUUUAUAAUUAAUUCUUUCAUUUUGUUA